AUGGGCGGCGGCGGCUGGCACGCCCGCGCCAGCGGCCCCCGCGCCGUAGGCGGCGGCGGCCACGGCGCGCGCGACGCCCGCGGUGUCCUCGGCGCGGGCGGCGGCGCCAGGCACGCCCUGGGCUGCGGCAACAGUGGCGCGGAGGGCGGCGGCGACGGCGGCGGCCUGGGCGCCGCCAGGCACGCCCGCUCCCGCAGCCCUCGCGGCCUGGAAGGCAGGGGCGGCCUGGAAGGCAUUGCCCGCGCGCUGGGCAGCCUGGAAGGCAGGGACGGCGGCGUCAUGGAAGGCAGGGGCGGCCUGGAAGGCAUUUCCCGCGCCCUGGGCCUGGGUGGCGGCGCCCUGGCCGGCCUGGAAGGUAGGGGCCUGGGCGGACGCGCGCGGGGCGUCCUGGAAGGCAGAGGCGGCGGCGCCCCCAGCGCUGGCGGCUAG